AUGGACGCGAGCAUCAAGCGCGCGCUCUCAACACGCGGGUCCAAGGUCGAGCUCGAGUUGCUGAGCGACCUGAACCGCCGGCUUUCGUCGGCACCGACGCUGACCCACGUCGCGGCCAACGCGGUCGCCAUCUUCUCAGCGACGUCGCUCGUCGUCGUCGAGGGCGGGUCGUCGUGCUUUUACUCGGUGCACUUUACCUUCCAGCGACCGCCGACGCAGCCGGUCGUGCUCACGCCGUGGAACACGUCGCCCCGCAUCAAAGUGUACCCGUCCGUGAUCCUCUUUACGCCCGAGACGGCGCACAAGCCGCAGUUUUUUCGCGUGACAGCCAUGGAGAACUGCGACCCGAGCAUUCUCACCGAAUCGAUUCAGCACCGCACCAACAGCGUCGACGCCGGCUUUUCAGGCGCCCGCGUCCGGUACGAGCCAAACACAGUGUCGGUUCGGAUCGUGCGCAACGACGGCAAGCACAUCUUUACCACAGGCGACGCAACGUACGGCGCGCUCGGCCACGGCUCGUUCGACUCGUCGUUUGCGUUUACGGAAAUCCCGGUCGCAAAUUUCGACAUGCGAUCAAUGACCGACGAGCCAAGUGCGCGCCGCAGCGUCUUGCUGACAAAGGUCGCCUCGGGCCAUCAGCACACGCUCGUGCUGGAUGCAAACGAUCGACUCUUUGUCUUUGGCAACUCGAACCAAGGCCAGCUCGGUAUUACCGGGCUCAAAUGCAGUACAAAGCCACGGCUGUGGGACGGACGCGACGUGGACGGGGGCCUGCACAUGCAUAUCAAGGAUGCUGCGUGCGGCGGCGACCACUCGAUGGUCCUUACGGACGACGACGACGUGCUCACGUGGGGCAGCAAUGAGCAUGGGCAACUGGGUGCUGCCCUUGAAGAUGCUGGAAACGGGGAGUUUCUGGACACGCCGCGCGUCCUUCGACUACCAUCGCGAAGCAAAAUUGCGCAGGUUGCUUGCGGUCUCAAGCACUGCGCCUUGCUCUUGGACGAAGGAACGGUCUUGACGUUUGGGUACGGCAAGUCGGGGGCCUUGGGUCACGGGACGGUGGACGCUCCCCGACGCGAGGACGAAGCCUCGCCGAGACCAGUCCAGUCGCUGUCCAAAACCCACAUUUUUCACAUUGCAUGCGGCGAGAUGCACACGGCGGUUGUUUCGAGUGCUGGCGAUCUCUACACGGCCGGUUGGGGCGAGAACGGCCGGCUUGGGCGCCUCGAAGCCAAAGACACCCUCAGCUCCACUUUUGAACGCGUGGAGCUCAAGCAGCGCAAGUGUACGUACGUUGCGUGCGGCGGGGCGCACACGAUGCUGCUCACCGACACGCGGGACGUCUUGGCGUUUGGCGCCAACCACUAUGGACAGCUGGGUCUUGGAGACUGCCGCGACCGCCACCGGCCGUCGCCCGUCAUCUUCUUUCGCAAUGUGCUCGUGUACGACAUCAAGCUCGGGCAAACCCACUCGCUGGCCAUCUCGGACAAGCACUUGCUCUACGCCUGGGGUAACGGCGAGCAAGGGCAGUGCGGCGUCGGGAGCUACCCACAGCUGUACACACUGCCCCACCUCGUGCGUUCUCUUGUCGGGUGCCAUGUCGUGCAGGUGUCGGCGGGCGCCGCGUUCACCGUUGUCUUGACGAGCUCAACACCGGCCGACGUGGCCGAGCGGCACCAAAUGGACCGGACGCUGGCGAAAGAAGCCGACGACAUUGUCGCCGACGACGUGCUCCACCGCGAAGCCGUGCGCGACGAACUCCGCUUGCAGCAUCAGCGCCGGCUCGCCCAGCGCCACGCCGCAGCCACGACGCCGCUGACGGCCCUCUGGCAACAGCUCGACGCGGCCUCCAAGGCGCACUUGGAAAUCACCAAGCCGCAAGCGACCAAGCCUACCACGCCGUCCUCUGCAUCGGCGGUGCUGCAGUCCAAAAGCCUCCGGCGUGCGCUGCAAAGCGCCAUGGCCACCCAGCGUCCACGAAGUUCUCUGGGAUGCUGCGUCGGCCGCCCCCGCAGUUCGGCUGGUGCUGCAACUCUGUCUGUGUCGCCGUCGAAACGACCAACAUCGCCUCGACCCAAGACAGCGUGGUUCCUCGCGCAGCUUGGUCGCCGUCCACAGACCCCGCCGCCGUCCUACGCGGACGCGAUAGAAAGCGACUAA